AUGAGGGCACUUGGAUGGAUGCAGAAAAGAUUCCGGAAAAACAAUGAACAAAGCCCAAAUGUUUCCACAGGGAAAUCCUGUUCUUGUUUCUCAGCACUAUGGGAGCUUAACGAGCAACAAUAUUAUUCUGAAGCAAACAAUAAUUCGGCACAAUUCAGGAAGCCUGUUGCACUUGAAGCACGUGGAGUGGAAAUAACAAACAACGAAGAUAUUAUUGAAACGGAACCCGAUAUUUUUCAUGGCCUUCUUGCAAUUGGGACUCUUGGUUCUGUUAUAAUUACCAAAGAACCCAUAACACCAAAACCAGCAACAGAUGAGGAAGAUACCCAUGCAGGUGAGCAGUUUCUGAAAGAACUAGAAGAAGAUACUAAAGAGAACAAAAAUAUGGUCGUCUAUCCACUGAAAGAGUAUAUUGAAAUUCCCGCUGUCAAAGAAGAUGAAAAGGAACAGAAGGCUGUGCCUGAACACACUUUUAAGAAAAAUGGUGCAUCCUACAAGAGAGCGGGAAUACUAGACAAAGGGGUAAAAAGAGAAACUCGAGCGUUUCAUUUUAUGAAGAACAUGCUGAAAAAGCUCGACUUUGCAUCAAGGUGCAGCACAACUUCUGCUUUUCGUAGUAAUGAUAUUAUUUGUGAUUCAACUGAGAAGACACCCACCAAGGUCUUCCGGAAGUCAAGAAAAAUCCAUCCAGAAACAGCUGAAAUUCAUAUCAAUAUGUCACAUAAGUAUGAGGUCAAGAAGAUGUGUUAUGAUGAGACUUAUGACAAAGAAGCGGCAUCAGAUGAUGAAGAUGACAUGUAUUAUCAAGACGCGAUGUUUAAGAAAGAAACAAUUAGCAGCAACAUCCAGCCAACUGGAAGAAAAGCACAUUGGAUUAAAACUGACGCAGAUUAUUUUGUGCUGGAGUUUUAG